UAUAAUGAUUGUCCGCUCAGUACGGGCGAAUACCGUCUCGCAAAAGCACAAAAGGGAGCCAGUUUUUUGCCAUUUCCGCCGAAAUGACCUUAAUUAAGACAGGAUUUGACCUUUCAUCACCUUAUAUAAUCUUCCGUCAAUGGAUCACAUCAAGCAUAUGUAUAAAAGACGGGGAAUACAACAAUACCCGUUUAACGAAUGAUGUACAAAGAAAGAUAUAUCAUAAUACCAUUUGCAACGAUUCAUUUCAACCGGGCGAGGCUCUGAAAAGCUCUAGCCUCUUCUGGGAACAACGGCUCGCGGGCGGUUUUGGAAACUUCGAUAGAUUGAUCCAUUGAAAGUUAAUAAAUUUCAAGCCGCGAUAUCGGGCGUCUGUUUAUAGCAGCGGGGAUUGCCAAAAUAAACAAUGAGACAGUAAAGAGUAUUCGUUUUUUUCUAGGGUAAUUAAUUAUACCGGACAGCGAAUAUAAAUUUGCGAACUGGUCGUUCAAAGACGUUAACGACACGAAUGUGUGAUAAAAUUUGGACGCAAAGACAAAAAAUCAGAGCGUCUUGAAUCGUUGGUAUAAACAUUGUAAGUUGGUUCUAUAAAUACGUGCCAUUGGUCAAGUGUUUUCUGGCGAUGGACGGAGAAACGUGUUGUUAUUUUGUGAGGCUGUUCAUUUUCCAAAUUUUACUGUUCGACGCAAGUCUACUUCUGUUUACAAAUGGUGCGUCGUCAAUGGCAGUGGCGAGGGUCAAGUGGCAAAGAAGAGACCGUGCGAGACUACAAGGUAUGCUGCUCUGUGAGAAUCAGAAGGAGAACUUGAUUUGUCCGGACGGCAAGGUUCUGAGGAUCCACAACUCGGAUUAUGGCAGGAGACACAAGUUCAUUUGCGGGUUGGGAAAGACGAAGAACUGUUCCACCAAGAUCUCCACUACGGCAAAAAUGAAGACGAUGUGCGAUGGACGAGCGAUGUGUUACGUCGACACGAGCGACGGCCGUUUCAUCGACGCCUGCCCAGGGGAAAUAAAAUACCUGCAUGUGGUGUAUAGGUGUGUUAAACAGCAACAGAUUUCAAAUAGAGUGCCGAUGGCUCCAAACGUCGUAAAUAUGAGGAGGAAAGUCUUGCAGCCGAAAUGCGGUAAAUCAAAGCCGACUCAAGUCAGCGCCAGAGUUGUGGAAGGAAUGAAGAGCCCACCAGGGAAAUGGCCUUGGCAGGCAUUGAUGUUGAAAGGUCGCAAUAAGCGCUUCAUAUGCGGUGGAACUUUAAUCCAUCCAAGAUGGGUUUUGACAGCGGCACACUGCAUUAAAAGCAGAAAGAAGAACUACUACACAAUCCGUCUUGGUGAUCUAGACAGAGGUGUGAGUGAUCCUCACGAACAAGAAAUUUCGGUGAAACGUGCGAUUCGUCAUCCGGACUACUUUACGCCACAUCCACUCAACAAUGACGUAGCGUUAUUGGAACUGGAAAAACCCGCGAAGCUGAACGAUCGGGUUGGCCUGGCUUGUCUACCAAGCUCGAACUAUGAACUACCCGUUAACGAUCCGAACACGAGGUGCUACAUCACAGGUUGGGGGAAGACGCGAUAUUUUGGGCAUAUGGCUCAGAUGUUAAGACAUGUCGAGGUUCCUCCUGUCGAUAGAAAGAAAUGUGCGAGACGACUUGCGAAGUCACCAGGUGGUUCAAAUCGCCGAAUUACGAAGCAGAUGAUCUGCGGUGGUGACGACAACACUGGAGUGAGCGCCUGCCAGGGGGACAGCGGGGGACCCUAUGUGUGUCAGAAUGCACUUGGGAACUGGGAGGUACACGGGGUGAUCAGUUGGGGAUCACCGAUAUGUUCUCUCAAACAACGUUACACAGUGUUUGCGCAAGUGAGCAAGUUUCGUAAGUGGAUUGACAAGUACUUAAAUGCUAUUUCUAAUACGAUUUAGUCACCUUUGAGAUGGUUUUAGAUAUUUAAAGUGAAGUGGACUUUGUAAGUUCACUUAAAACGUCCCGGAAUUCAACUAAGCCAACCAUCUUAAUCUUUAACGGAAAUGACAGUGAAAACUUAGUUUGUUUUGAAAAAGCAACCGUCAAAAUUAUAUCUAAGACUCUUUUAGCAACGUUUGAAGUCCUGCCUUGUUUUCAAAAUAUAAGUGAGACCGAAAUAAGUCGGUGGCCAUCUUGGAUAAAUAUUUCAUCUGAUCAAGUGCAGUUUUAAGAGUUUCAAUUACGUUGUAAGCGAGAUUAAAGGCGUAUAAAAACACACUUAGGCGGAUAAAUAAGGAUUACUAAAUGUGGUAUAUGCCUUCAGGUAGCCGGCUAUUUUAUAUAGAGUGAAAAAAGUAUAUUUAAGGGCCGCGAUGUUCCAUAAAAGCAAUGCAAGAUGGCGGUCAACGGACUCAUUACGGUCAACAUAUUUCGAAAACUAAGCGGAAUACAAAAAAUUAGAAAAAGAGUAUUAUAUAGAGCUUUAACUGUUCUUUUAAAUACCACAAACUAAAUUUUUCAUUAAUACUCUUUGAGCUGUUGAACGAAUAUGAGUUUGCGAGAGUUGGCCGAUGCGAAAGUUUUCCCAAAUCAACUUGGCAGCGUCAAAACAACAAACAAAAAAUGCAUUCGAGUUGAAAUUAAUCCUUUUAUUUAUUUGGCUGCGAGAAAGAGUGUUUAUACUCAUAAAAAACCUGGACACACUUUAUUUUCUCACGUCAAUUCAUAUUCGCAAGCCGCAAGGCACUAUAGACUCUGUGCUGUGACGUAGCUUUUCGGACGAAGCAAGUUCCUGAUUGGUCAACAGGCCGCUUUGUAUAGCCAAUCAGGAACACGCUUAGCCCGCAAACUACGUCAUAAUGAUAUAUGCGAAUUUUUGGUCGGAAAUCCAAUUUAUUUAAAAAAAAUACUCCUCUUACGCAGAACUGGGAAGUAAAAAAUGGUUUACGAAUUAGGUUUAUGAAAUGCAAUGGUUUAUAGUCCAAUUAUAUACACUUUAUUUACAUCAAAUUUACGUACGAACUUCAAAUGAUUAUAGAAAAUCUUUCAU